AUUUUGUAUUUAUAACAUAUAAUAUCUAUGUUAUGCACUGGUGUAUACAUACUUAUAUAUGCCAUAUACGUUCACACGCCUAUCUAAUUUUAGCGGGUUGUACAGUUUAUUUAUACCAACCAUAAUGUUAGUGCGGGUUUGUAUUGGUUUAGCUUCAAGUUUAGUUUGUUUUUACUUCGACGCCGCAACUACAGUUUAUACAACGUUAGCGGAGGUUGAAAGUUCAUUCUCCCGUGAGCGAAUCGUAUGCUGUGUUUAUGUAACGUAUUGGUAUCAACACUGCUUAUCACUUGUUCACAGGGUGCCGUUUAUUCUAUGGUCUCUUAGAAUAUGGUAACAAAAACCAAUAUAUAGUAUUGUGGGGUAAGAUGGAAAACGUUAACACAUAAUGUCCCACAUUUCCCAAUCUUGUUUUAACAGCCAUAGCAUAAGCCCACGGUUCGUUUUCAUGCGAUAUCGCUUCUAUAUUUAGCACUUUUAACAACAUGAAACCAUUUGCAUGUAAAAUACCACAGUUGCUUAUACCGAGCUAGUAAUAACACCAGGUAUACGUCAUACCGCGUCGAAUUCCGCUUUGCAAGUUAGAUGUGGUUGAUUAAGCCUGUGAUAAAAUACAUGGCAUGUAAUUUAGAUAAGCGGUAACGAUUUACUGGCUGCAAUUUAAGCGUAAAAUCAUCUCUGCUUGCCCUUCGGUGAUGCAGGGUAUGGCAACAUAAUGUGUUUAGCAAGCACGGUGUGUAAGUAGCGCUACAUAUCGUGUGUAUGUAGAAAGGUGUAGACCUUUUUGUUGAAAAUUUAUUGACCCUACAGCAAAUAUACUAGACAGUUUAGGGAGUUACAUAGAGUAUAGACCUUGGGCAAGACACUUAACUGCAAUUGCUCCAUUCCAACGCUCACUAAUGGGUUGUAUUUAAAUCUGUAGAUUAAUGCAACAUUAGGCGUUAAAUAAACAGAGUCCUACGGCAGUAACGCUACAUAUAGUUUAUGUAAGAGGUGUAUAAGCACAUAACUUUUUGUUGAAAGCUAUUGGGAGUCUUACGACUGUACCUUUAGCGUAUUUGGCAGAAAGUCAAAACAGACAGGCGGCAGUUACUUUAUAUAACCAUUUCGUAUAAGAUAAUUUGCUUUGGGCGCAUGUGUUCUUGAGCAAGACACACGACUACAAUUGCCCCAAUCUACUGGUCACUAAUGUGUCCCAAAUUAUCCAGAAAGUUAUACACGUGGUAACUCGUUAGCGGGCAAUAGGUAACAGAAUACUCGUGUUAUAACGACUGUCGUUGCAACGCUAAAUUCAUUCAUUCAUUACACACAGAUAUUUAACCGAGCGUUGUGUAUUACUGCAUCUAUAGCUUUCUAGAUGGAUGAUAUUCGUUUGAAAAUCAACUUGACUUUGAAACAGCUGAUCGUCGCAUCGUCAGCUUACGUUGUUCUAUUUGUUGUGUUCAUAAUACUCGGCAGCGUCGUAGCACCACAAACUACGUUUGUUACGUCACAACAAGGCUCACAUUGUAUCAGCAACGAAUCGUUAGGCGUCGUUGAACUAAGUGAAUGUCAAGUCCAUGAUCUCAGUAAUGUUAAAUACAACCAGCAAGAUGUGAAAUACUGGAUUCGCAUUGGGGGUCUUCAAGAUGGAUUGAUUAUUACUAAAUGGAUGAGGUUUAUGAUGGUGUAUUUGGAAAUCAACUACGCGGGGGCCAACAACACUCAAGUGGAUAGGUUGAAGACAACGAUGACAUCCAAGCUAUACACAGCACCAGAGGAUAACACAUGGAAACUUCUUCACCAAUCUACUAAUGAAGUGUAUCUAGAAAGCAACGGAUGUUCAAACCAGCCUUUGUGCAAUUCAACCCAACUCUUACGCCUUGAACCUGUCACUUACCAUCAAUACAUGAUGGUGGUAACCUUCCCUAGGAAUUUCUCACCCAAGGCCAAGAUACUAAAGAUUAAUGCAAAGGCGAUCUUCCAAACAAAGAGAUUCACUUUAACAUUUAUUGGAAUACGUUUGGUUCCCACCCUGAUAUUGUUGAUCACAACAUUCUGGUUUCACAACGUAAUAUCACAUCUGCCAUCUAAAACAGCGUUACACAGGUCCAUCAUAUUACUCGGCAUUACAACAGCGUUGGUGGAUUUCCCAUUCGAGCUUAUCGUAAUGUUCUUUGAUGCUGGAUGGCUACUUGCUAUCAUUAGGCUUCUUACACAAGCCAACUAUGCUGCGCUUCUUAUCUUCUGGGUUGUGUUUAUGGAUCAACAUAAGGUCAACAAUCACCCAAAGCGUCAACUACGUCUCCGUAUCUACAUUGGAACAAUAUGCGUCUUCUUAUCUUUACAAGCUGUAGCAAACCUCACAAUACAAGGACUUGUACUCGCCAACCCAUUUAAUAUAAACCUCACACUCAAUUUGGUAGAAGCUUUCCUUGGUGUGGUUAUGUUUGGCUACUUGCUUGCAAACCUCUUCGCCGAAGCAGCAUCGUUUAUUUCCGCAUCUGAUACUUCUGUUUGUGGGGUUUUACCCUUAACCAUGAGGUUACGACUGCUGAUCAUUCAUUUCAUCAUCACGGAUGUUGUAACGGUCAUUUACUCAAUCCUUACUGAGAUAUACAAGAUGGAUGUUAAGGGUUCCAGUUGCUCUGGUUUAUACACUAUCACGUUCUACCUGUGGAACAUACAAGCUUUUGUUAUCAUGAUUUUGUACUCGCCAAGAAAAAGUGAAAUACCAAAUCAAGCACUACAGGAACAGUAGCCACAGCCCAAGUAUUGCUCCGUGAAGAUAUAGACAACUAAAACUACUUUAUAAUAAUAUAGUAGGGUGGGGUAAGAUGGGACACCUUUAGCACAGAAUAUCAAAAUAUUCCGAUCGGGUUUUAAACAAUUAACAACGGUCUAUGGUUGUCUUGAGGAUACGGUUUUAUAAGUCUUUGAAUGUUAUUUGUUUACUACCAAAUGGGACGAGCAAACAAAAUGAAAAUGUGUCCCAUAUUCCCCCACUCUACUGUAAUAACAACUUUGUUGUCUAAAUGAUUACGGCUGCGAAGAUUAAAGAAUGGGAAAAAUGAAACGACAGGGCAUAGCGACACAACGCCAGUCGUUAUUUCCCGCUAACUAAUUUGCAUAUAACACGUGUUCUGUUUCUUUUGCGGGAAUCAGAUCUCAUUUACAUUCUAUGUAAAUAUGUUUGGGAUUGUCUUGUUUCCAAUAUACCACUUCAAAUGGGAUUCACCAUAUUCACAGCCAUUGCUAUGGGACAGCGCAUGGGGAGUUCGCAUUGAACGAUAUCGUGUUCAAUACUGCUACCACAUGUGCGUCUGUGUCUUUCAGCAAGAUGCUUAACGACAAUUGCCCCAACCACGGAUUGUCUGAACGGUCGACCCAUGCGUGGUAGCUCGUAAGCGAGCAUAAGUUGUAUGGAAUAGAACACCCGUGUUAUAACGACUUUCUUUGCCCCGCUAGGCGAGGACAAAUAAGUUAAAUACGUGCUAACUUGUAAGCGAGCUUAAGUUGUAUGGAACAGAACGCCCGUGUUAUAACGACUGUCGUUGCCCUGUCACGCGAGGAUAAAUAAGUUCAUCCAUGUGACCCAACCGUUGGCUAAUUACAUAAACUUUAUAUCACAUGGCCCAGUACAAGCUACCAACGACAACUUUACUUAAUUUUCUUUUACAUUUUUUAGUACAACCGCAAAAAUGAAACAUUGUUUUUGUUUUAUUUACCAAGAAUUAGUAACUUGUUAUUAUUUGUAUAUUUUGCUACAUCGUUUUAUAUCUACGUAAAAACUAAUUUGUUAUAUUACGUUCCAAGAUGUACAUUUGUCACUUAAACAUCUAUUUACACCACAUUUGCGCUUUUUGCAUUGGGUAAAAUAUCAUGUGCACUCGUAACACGAAGCAGCAAUUAAAGACUUAACGUUAAUUGGCCGUUAUGAACGCCGUGCUAAGUUCGGCGUUCAAAUCUUUCUUAGAAGUAAAAUAGUCGCCGACAAGAGUAGCACGUAUAUCCCAUGGGGUUUCCCAUAGCGCUAUACAGCUAUAAUACUAAUGGUUUAUGCGUCAGCCUUUAAUGGGGCAUGGAAUACUCGACUCGUGAUAGAUCAUUGCUAUAUGUUUACUGCGGUAUGUUAUUUGCGCCCUACAUAUAUACUGGCAUGUACUGUUACUGUGUAAUGUAUUCAUGUCAUUUGCGAUGACUUGUAAAACAGCAUUAGCGUGUUUGUCAUAAGGAA